AUGGAGGCUGAUGGUGACGCCAUUCUUGGGGGACUGGGCGAUGCCAGUCUAACGUGUGGUGAGCGAUGGGCAGGUGCGCGUGAAACGGUUGGUGCCGGCAGGUGUGGGCUAAACGUACUAGGCGACGGUGGUGGCUUGGGCUCCAUGAGGGAGGGUGAUGCUAGAGCGGUCGAUACCGGCUGGGAGGGAGUCGAUGCUGGGCUGGGCAACACCAACCAGGGCAUUGAUGAGCUCAAGCGCAAGUUAGGCGACAACGGUGAGCUGGGCGACGAUAGGCACAGUGAGGUGAGUAUAGAGACAAGGGAGGAGGCGAAGAGGGGAAUCUCUAUGAAGAACAAGAGAAGUGAAUUGAAAACUUCAGGUGGAGUAUCAGUAAGGAGUACUGAUGGCGACGGGGUCAUGGUAGUUGGAGGUUCUAUUGCGAAAUCACAGAGAGAGAGGAGUACAGAGAGAGAGUCUCAUAGCGCCAUGGUAGGUGGUGGCGCUGAUAGUGAAUAA